CGAAUCUUAAUCAUUCUAACAAAAGCUAAAGUAUCAUCAACAAUUCGACUGCAAGUCUCAAUAAAAAUCCCAAUCCCUCAACUGUUACAAUGAGUUUAACUUUGUUUGCUUCCAUCUUCGCCCUUUUAAUCAAUCAGUCCUUUGCAUGUGACUGUGGUCAGCCUAUUGGUUACGCACCUCCUGAAGAAUCGGAGGGCAAGUUGACUCGAUUCCCUUGGUAUGUGGUUGUUGAAAAUAAAAAUUUAAAACCUUGUGGUGCUGCAUUGAUUGAUGAUCAACAUGCUGCUAUUGCUGCUCAUUGCCUUUCUGGCUCAAAUGCAGCAUCGCUCAGAGCUCGUUUGAACGAUAACUCAACAAAAUCAGUCUCCUCCUUUUGGAUUGAUGAGCGAUAUAACACCAAGACUGGCGCCUAUGAUUUUGCUGUAUUGACUUUGGAUUCACCAGUUGACUCGCAAUUCAAACCAAUUUGUUUACGAGACUCAGAUAAAAUGCCUAUGCCUGCAGUCCACAUGAUAAGUCCUUCAUCUGGUAAAAAUAAGGAAGACUACCUUUACACCAAUCAAGAUUCCAAGUGUCCUGUUCCUGCUACCAAAACUCAUUUAUGUAUUAUGAAUCCUACUAAAGUUGAUACAUGCCCUGAAGGACCAUACAUGCGAGGUGAAGCAAAUGCAAGAUACUACCUUGCUGGAGUUACUUCUCGUUGUUUCUCUGCUGGAAAGCCAGAUCUAUUCACUGAUGCUAGUUUAUACAUUAAAAAGAUGCGAGAAUUGGCUCCAAAAGGUUGCUGGAAAGACACAUGGGACUGGAGCCGAUAAUAUUAGUCUCAUCGAAAUCAGUUCUCGCGAAAUUAUGAGUAACAUAAGUUACUAAACUUGAAAAAUGGAAAAAGUUGUUUUUUUGAAUAAAUAAUUGCAUAUCUCAA